AUGGAGGAGGCAUCGGAUGCGGCAUCAGAGGCCGCAGUCCAUGAAGCAAAGUUUGAUUCGGAGUUUGCUGCUUCGCCGGCUCAGCGCGAGACGCCGCCGGAGCUGGAGCAGUGGCUAGCUGAUAGCUGGCAAGUGGGCUUGAACGCCUCGGAGGCGCACCGCCUGGCCCUGCGUGAGUUUGACAGCCUCCAGAAAUGUGGCGCGACACUUCCGUAUCUCAAGAAGCUGUACGCCGUGCUCAGCAGCCGCUUCAAGAUGGGCCUCUCCACGAAUGAUGCGGUGGCCAAGACGUUCGUCUACGCGAAGAAGCAGCUGGACCCAGAUGAGGUCUACGGGAUGUAUUCUACCCUCAAAAGCAGCUCACGGCUUGCGAUGAGCAGGGAGGAAGCGCUCGCAAGGGCUCCGGAAUGUGUUGAGAUGGGCGCGUCUGAAAGGGAAGUUUGGUUGUUUUACGAGUUCUUUGACUUCGUAGCAGAUACGGGUCUCCGCUUGAACUCGCCAUCCAGCAGGCCAAAGGCCAUGCAGUUGGCCUCCGCUGCUUGUGAGUUCGCGAAGGUCAAAGAGGCCUGGGACGCUACACGCAACAUGACGAUGGCCAUCGACGAAGGCUGCUUAGGAAGCCUUGAUGGCCAACUGCGCAUUACAGAGGAGGGCAAGCUGCACACGGCAGCACAGUUCCAUGAUUUCUUUGGGAGCAGCUGGCUGGAUGAGUGGAUCAAGAGCCCUCCUGCACAGAAGGUGGCCGAUGAUGGCAAAGCCUACACAGCCUCCCAGGUCAAAAGACUUUAUUCGGGUUGGCUGCGCGACCUUUGGGGCGGGCCGAAUUGGCUGUCUCGGUGGAAUGCCGCAGGCUUUGCAACUCAGAAGCGCAUUGCCGAGGAUGGACAGGUCUACAGCAUGGGCGGCUUCGCGGGACACUACGGCGCCAGCUGGCGACAGAAGUGGGCGGAGGCUGCGGUGGCGCUCUGCGAAGAAUGCAAAGCAGCCACCCACUCCUGA